CCACCAGUCAACGAUCACUCAAUAGCGCUGAGCCUGACGUGGUGGCGUUCACUCGGCAUUACAUUCGCUCUGUUCUUUUUGGAUGCGCACGUUCGACGGUCAAGUCCUGCCGAUAGUUUUCUUCUUUUUGCUUUUCAGAUAACUAUUCAACAUGGUUAACGGACGCAUCCCGUCCGUGUACAGUAAAACGUACGUGACACCUCGUCGUCCGUAUGAGAAAGCACGUUUGGACCAGGAAUUGAAGAUCAUCGGAGAGUAUGGUCUGAGGAACAAACGUGAAGUGUGGCGUGUGAAAUACACAUUGGCCAAGAUCCGUAAAGCCGCUCGUGAACUGUUGACCCUCGAAGAGAAGGAUCAAAAACGUCUUUUCGAAGGUAACGCUUUGUUGCGUAGGUUGGUUCGUAUUGGAGUAUUAGACGAAGGCCGUAUGAAGCUUGAUUACGUUUUGGGUUUGAAAAUUGAAGAUUUCUUGGAACGCAGACUUCAAACUCAGGUGUUCAAAUUGGGAUUAGCCAAAUCCAUUCAUCAUGCACGAGUUUUGAUCCGUCAAAGACAUAUUCGUGUGCGCAAGCAAGUAGUAAAUGUACCAUCAUUCAUCGUUCGUUUGGACUCUCAGAAACACAUUGACUUCUCUCUGAAAUCACCAUUCGGUGGUGGCCGUCCAGGACGUGUAAAGAGGAAGAACUUGAGGAAGGCCAAGACUGCCAAGGACGAUGGCAAUGCUGCCGAAGAAGAAGAAGAUUAAUCUUUUUAAUCAUUCCUCUUGCUCUGUACAUUGUAUUUUUAAUAAAAGAAAAUAUACUGACAACUAAUUUUAUUUGGUCA